GCAGCACCUGGCGUUCAAUGGUUCUUCAAAUGAACUCACAGCUUCGCGUAACUAAAUGCAGCUAUUUUGGACUUUUGGUCAUGAUAUUUCCUCGGAUCCUCUAAAUUCAACUGAUGUUAUAUACAUUGGUACAGUCAUACAAUACAAUGCAAGGAAAACUGUUAGAAAUAUAUGGGGUUUUAUUAGUAUUGUAUAUGGGUUAUAUAGCUUUCCUAAUAUAGAUAGAUCUCUUAUGUAUAUAUAUGCUAUUGGUGUACAGGAAUAAGAUAUUGAAAAUUCUCCCCAAUUAUGUUUUUACGUUGCUCUCCUACAUGGUACCAGAUUGCAUCUGGGGUUUGAGAUUUAGGAAUUUUAAAAAAAAUUCAGAUUUGAAAAUUAGGGUUUACCCAAGCCGCCGCCGUCCAUCUUUGAUCCAGCCCUUACCGUUCGGCAUCUCCAGUACCGGGCGGUGCACCGUCGUCCGGUGACCUCACGCCCGAAGUCCGGCUGCUAGAAGCCGCACGUGUGGACCCCAUGCGCCACCAGAGUCCGGCAGUCAAGCGGAGCGUUUCCAGCACGUGCGACGCCAGAAUCUGCUCCGGCCAAUCUCGUUCAACUUGUCUCGACAUCCUCUUUCGAUUCAUGUACCUGUUUGGGUCAAUACCUAGUUGGUGUUGGAUUCCGUUUCGGUACAGAUUCAAUUUAUGUUUGGAAUAUUAUAUCAUUUGAUUGAUUUGGUAUGGUUCACUAUGUCUGGAGAAAAGCAAACUGUAGCAGUUGAUGCUGUACCUGUGGCGACAAAAAUCACAGAACACAAACUCAGUCUUACAAAUUAUUUGGAUUGGCGUCAGACCAUUGAACUUUAUUUGUUGAGUGCCUCCAUGGAUAAUCAUAUAACCAACUUUUGAUACUUCUGAACAAGCUUGGCUUCAAGAGGAUGCUCAGUUGUUUUUACAUAUACGAAACUCUAUCAAUAGUGAGGUGAUUAGGAUGAUUACUCAUUGUAGGACAGUCAAGACACUCUUGCAAUAUCUUAAAUUCUUGUAUUCGGGAAAAGGCAAUAUUUCUGAAAUAUAUGAUGUUUCCGAAAAAGGGGAUAGACCGAUUACAGACUAUUUCAUGGAGUUUAAGAUGUAUGAGCAACUCAAUGUGCUACUUCCUUUCAGUCCUGAUGUUAAUGUAAUUCAUGCUCAGCAGGAGAAAAUGGUUGUGAUGAGUUUCUUAGCCGGUCUUCCACCGGAAUAUGAGACAGCUAAAUCACAAGUUCUGAUUCCAAAAUUUCAUCUUUGGAAGAGGCUUUUAGUAGGAUUUUAUGCACUGAAUGCAUGACUUUUGUCCCACCUCCUCUCAGCAGUGUUCAUGUUAGUAGUGCUCCUGCCUAUGGACGAAACAAUACAAGGUAGCGGAAACAAGGGACAAAAGUUGACUCAACGGCAGUGGUCAAGUUCUGUAGAGUGUUGUUAUUGUCAUAAAUUUGGGCAUAUCAAACAGGACUUGGCCGAAAUUAUGCAAUAAAAUGCUUCCUCCAUCUGCUCAUGUUACAGAUAGUGGCAACCGUUCUAGCCCAUCUAGUGACUCUAUCACUAUUUCUUGCAAUGAGUAUGCAAAGUUGUUACAACAUCAGUGAAUGACUCAACCACAAUCGAAUUAUGUCACAGUUAUUGCCGAGUCAGGAUCUUGCGACGAAGAAGAUUAUUGGUGGGGGACAUGAAUCUGAUGGUCUCUACAUUCUUGAUUCGGAACAAGCUUCAUCAGUAGCAUAUACUGAAACCGUCACACCUAUGGAAGCAUAUACUGGAACCGUCACUCCUAUGGAAGCACACUAUCGUUUGGGUCACCCGUCUCUAUCUUCCUUGAAUAAGUUCGAUUUUCUCAUUUACACCGUGACUUCUCCGAUUGUUUCUCCAUCUGAUUCUGCAAGGCCUCUGAUCAUACACACUUACUCUCGUCGUCUUUCGCCUUCCGUACCUGCUACUAGUGAGUUGGUUCCAAUGCAUCUACAUUGUGUCCCAUUCAACCAAUAUCUUAAACGACAGAUCCUUCUUUAAGUGAUGAUCUUCCUACUGCUCUUCGAAAAGGUAAACGUUUGUCCCCUUCUUCUCAAGCUUUUGUUGUGUAUCUAUUCCUAAAUCUGUUGAGGAGGCUUUGGCUCGUCCCGGUUGGUGUGCUUCCAUGAUUGAGGAACUCAAUGCUUUGCUGGGUAAUGGACUUGGGUUUUGGUGGAUCUUCCUCUGGUAAACGAACCAUUGGUUGUAAAUGGGUGUUCACUAUCAAAGUUAAUCUUGACACCUCCAUUGAUCGGUUGAAGGCUUGCUUUUCGCCAAAGGAUAUGCGUAGAUUCAUGGCGUUGAUUACCGUGACACUUUUUCUAGUGUUGCAAAGCUUACAUCUAUCCAUUUGUUAAUUUCCUUGGCAGCUACUCAUCAUUGGGCCUCGCACCAGUUAGAUAUCAAGAAUGCUUUCUUGCAUGGUGUUCUUAAUGAUACUAUCUAUAUGGCGCAACUGUCCAGCUUUGUUGCUCAGGGAGUCUCAUAAGGUGUUUGUAUGGUUUGAAAAGAGGCCACGUGCAUGGUUUGGUAGUAUGUUCACUCGGGCUAUUGAAAAGUUUGGCAUGAAGAAGAGUAAAUUUGAUGAUUCUGUUUUCUACAAACAUUUUAUGAGUGGUGUUAUUCUAUUGGUUGUGGAUGUGUUAUUACUGGUAGUGAUUGUGAAGGGAUUGUAUCGCUCAAUGCUUUCAUUCAUACUCAGUUUAAUACUCCCUCCGUCCUUGAAAAUUGUGAUUUUAUUACUAUAUCGGUACGUCCCUGAAAAUUGUGACAUUUCCUUAUUUGGCGAGUUAUUUGAUGUUCCUGGUAGAUAUAGAAGAUUGGUUGGAAAGUUGAUUUAUCUUAGGAUAACAUGUGAUAUUGCUUAUCUAUAAGUGUGGUAAGUCAAUAUAUGUCAUGACCAACUGUUGAUCAUUGGAAGGUAGUGGAGCAGAUUUUGUGCUAUUUGAAGGGAGCAUCUGGACGUGGAAUUGUUUACAGUGAUCAUGGUCAUAAUAAGAUUGAGUGUUUCUCAUAUGGGCAAGGUCAACAAAGGGUGGAAGAUCUAUUGUGUCUUCUAUGGAGGAAACUUGAUUUCAUGGCAAAGCAAGAAGUAGAAGGUGGUUUCACGUUCAAAUGCAGAAUUUGGAUAUCGAGCUAUGGCUAAAACCGUGUGUGAGAUACUAUGGGUACAUAAGUUUCUGAAUCAGAUAGGGUUGAAGGUCCCUAUGCCAGCCAAGUUAAUCAAGCUGCACUUCACAUUGUUUCUAAUCCGAUUUUCAAGAAUGAACCAAACACAUUGAGAUUGAUCGUCAUUUUGUUUGUGAGAAGAUUCAAAAAGGACUGAUUUCUACAGGAUAUAUGAGAUCUGAAGAUCAAUUAGGAGACAUCUUUACGAAGGCUCUUAAUAGAGUUAGAGUUGAUUAUCUUUGUAACAAAUGAGGCAUGAUUAAUGGAGCAGCUUGCGGAGGAAAUAGAUGGGCUUUUAUUAGUAUUGUAUAUAAGUUAUAUAGCUUUUCAAAUAUAGAUAGAUCUCUUAUGUAUAUAUAUGCUAUUGGUGUAGAGGAAUAAGAUAUUGAAAAUUAUCCCCAAUAAUGCUUUUACGUUGCUUUCCUACAGAAACCAUGCAAAGCAUCCCCUCUUCUAUGUGAAUGUACCAGCAUGUUCAUUUUCAUAAGCUCGAGAUGUAUAUGAGACUAUAGUAGCCGAAUUAGCUACCUGGUAGAUUUUGAUCCAAGUUAUAUAAACAACCAAACAUUCAAUUUGUCCACUUGUAAGCCAGUUUAUCACUCAGCACAAUAGUUUGGUAAUCACGACCACCAUAGACUUGACGGGCGUGACCUCACAGCAUUCUCUUCAUGGCACAAGAUGGAUCAGAAGCACACAUCUGGCUGGGAUUCCCAUGGUGGCGCCUUAGCGACAGGGGCCUAAAAGCAAGAUUUUGUCUAGAGGCAUUUCUAAUUAUUAAUGUUCCGGUUAGGAGUUCACCACAAGAAUAUUGCACUUUUAUGAUUCACUUUGUCUAUAUUAGAUGGAUUAUACUUAGAUGGC